CCCCGCUCUCCGCCGCGCGCCUCGGUUGCCACGGUGACAGCGGCGCCGCGGCCAUGUCGGACCUGAGCUCGGAGGCGGAAGAAGAGGCCGAGAACGAUUUGGGGGAGUAUGACGGGGAACGCAAUUCAGAAGGUGAACGGCAUGGCCGCGGAAAAGCACGUCUGCCCAAUGGUGAUACGUAUGAUGGAGAAUAUGAACAUGGUUUAAGAAGUGGGCAGGGGACCUACAGAUUUAAAAAUGGUGCUUUCUAUGUUGGAGGAUAUCUUCAAAACAAAAAGCAUGGCCAUGGUACUUUUUUUUAUCCAGAUGGAUCAAAAUACGAAGGUUCCUGGGUGAAUGACCUGAGGCACGGCUAUGGGAAGUACACUUACCCGAAUGGAGACACUUAUACUGGAGAAUGGUUUAACCACAAUAGACAUGGACAAGGUACAUAUAUCUAUAAUGACACAAGAUCUAAGUAUGUUGGUGCCUGGGUAGAUGGAAAACAGGAAGGACAUGCUGAACUUAUCCACAUAAACCAUAGAUUUCAGGGCAAGUUUUUGAAUGGAAAUCCUGUAGGUCGUGGCAAAUAUGUCUUUGACAUUGGAUGUGAACAGCAUGGUGAAUACAUACAAUCAGUACAGGAUAAAGGAGAGGAAGAAGAAGAGGAGGAACCCACAUUACCUGUUGUACCAAAAUGGAAAGCAUCAGAAACUACCAAUUUAACACUCUGGACUCCCCAUGGGGAAAAUCCACCUUCUCCCAAAGAACCCUCCCAAGUGAAACCAGGAGAAGCAGCAGAAGUAGGACCAGCAAGUGAAGAGGAGAAAACACCAUCAGCUGAAGUCACUGAUGAAUAUACUGAAGGUAGGGAUGAUGAGCCUUCUGCUAAUGAAGAAUACAGUGAACAUGUUACCCCAGAAGUGGCUGCAGGAGAGGAAGAAGAAAAAAAAGACUGGGAGGAAGAAGGAGCUAAUACUUUAGAGGAUUCCUAG